UGUCUGUACCCUGAAAAUUGGUCGUCAUGCGGAACAGAAACGGAACAGAGAGGAGGUCUGCUAUUUCUGCUGCUGAUCGGUGAAAACAUCACAGGUUGUUCAACAUCAUGAGUCAGCGGACGGAGCGACGUGGGAUACAUGUGGACCAGUCAGACCUGCUGUGCAAAAAGGGAUGCGGUUACUAUGGUAACUCAGCAUGGCAGGGCCUGUGCUCCAAGUGCUGGAGGGAGGAGUACCAGCGGGUACGCCAGAAACAGAUCCAGGACGACUGGGCCUUGGCUGAGAAGUUACAGCGAGAGGAGGAGGCAGCGUAUGCCAGUAGUCACGGAGCUCAGGCCCAGUCUCACUCCCAGUCCACAGCACCACAACCGAACCAAGGGCAUGCUUCUCUAGGACCCUUCUCCAAGUUCGAGGAGAAGAAAACCAAUGAAAAGACACGGAAAGUGACCACCGUUAAAAAGUUCUUCAGCCCUUCGUCACGUACAGCUUCCAAGAAAGAAACCCAAGAGGGCAAAACACCCAGUCCGUCCAUUAGCCGCCACGCCAGUUUCGAUACAGAACAAGUGUCCAAGGACUUUGUGGACUUCUUGAAGAACCUCCAGAAGCCCGGCCGGGAGAUCCAUAAGCAGUGCCGAGCUUUUAUUGUGAACAUGUCCAGCAAGAAGGACCUCAGUGCUGACGAACUGUCGGAGUGCGUGCAGGAUUUCUAUCAGAACAUGGCUGACCGCUUGAUGAGUCACUUUAAAGGAUCUUCGGAGUCUGUGGAGCAGGUGAUGGACCAAGUGGAAAAGUACAUCAUGACUCGUCUGUAUAAGAGUGUAUUCUGUCCAGAAACCACUGAUGAUGAGAAGAAGGAUUUGGCCACACAGAACAGGAUCAGGGCUUUACACUGGGUGACCAUCCAGAUGCUGUGUGUGUCCAUGGAUGAAGAAAUCCCUGAAGUCUCUGAGAAUGUUGUCAAAGCAAUAACAGAUAUCAUUGAGAUGGACUCGAAGCGGGUUCCUCGGGACAAACUAGCGUGCAUCACACGCUGCAGUAAACACAUCUUCAGUGCCAUCAGGAUCACCAAGAACGAGCCGGCCUCAGCUGACGACUUCCUCCCUGCACUCAUUUACAUCGUGCUCAAGGCUAACCCUCCACGGCUUCAGUCCAACAUCCAGUAUAUCACCCGCUUCUGUAACCCCAGCAGGCUGAUGACUGGAGAGGAUGGAUACUACUUCACCAACCUGUGCUGUGCAGCGGCCUUCAUCGAGAAGUUGGAUGCUCAGUCUCUCAACCUUUCCCCGGAGGAAUUUGAGCGCUACAUGUCAGGCCAAGCGUCGCCACGAUUCAGCAGCUCAGAGGGUGAGUGGCCCCACGAUGGCCCGGCACCUGGCGCAACUCCCACCAACCCUGUCCUGGCUCAGCUCAAUCACAACCUGGAGCUGCUGUCGGACCUCAGCAGCCGGCAGGAGUCGCUGAUGGAGGCUGCGCAGAGCCUGCAGGCCGACCUCAUCUCCUGGCCCAAGAGUGUAGAGCGGGAGGUGCAGGACGUCCUGGAGAAAUACCCUCUGGAGAUUGCAUCACGCACAGUUUCUGCCAUCGAUGCCAACAACCUGGACAACGACCACCUGCCACCACCCCUCACACCCCAGGUGUUUGCUGGGUAGUGGAGUCUACAGAGGGAGGAAGAACAUUUC